UCCCUAGCGCAGUGUAAGGUUGCAUCUCUGCCCUAGCGUCCACCGCCCGACCGAGAAGGGGCUUCUAGUCCAGGACAGUCAAGCUAAGAAGUUACUUUUAUUAUUAAUAUUGAUUUGAGUAUUUCUUGUGCCCUUUUCUUAUUUAAAAUAAGCUGUAAGAGUUUUGUUUUUUCUGGGGGGUGGGGGAGUAGGGGGAGAGGAAUUCGUGUGACGUGUCUUUCUAGUAGUUUUUUGUUUUUUUUGUUUUUUUUUUGCGGUACGCGGGCCUCUCACCGCCGCGGCCUCUCCCGCCGCGGAGCACAGACUCCGGACGCGCAGGCUCAGCGGCCAUGGCUCACGGGCCCAGCCGCUCCGCGGCACGCGGGAUCCCCCCGGACCGGGGCACGAAUCCGCGCCCCUUGCAUCGGCAGGCGGACCCCCAACUACUGCGCCACCAGGGAAGCCCUCUAGUACUUUUAUGUAACAUCUCACCUGCGUAUUCCAAUGCUUGGGAUAGCAUUUGGCUGAAAGAAUUCAUCAUUUCUACUUGCCUUAGCGGUUUACCUUUCUUUGCUGAGUCCUUCCGCGGUGCACGCACGAGGACACUUAAGUCUUAAGGCUUAUGCAUGUAGGUAGUAACCGUCCACACCGAGGUGUUUCCCAGACCGUGGGCUUCCUGUUCCUUACUUUACUAUCCCGUCCUGCCCUUCCUUCCAGGGGCUGCUGCCUCUGCCGAACCAGAUGGAGGACGUCAGUUUCUCAGGGGGCCCAGGUGGGAACACAAAGACUGUGCUCUCAGAAGGUCUGGGCGGAGCUUGGCGCUCAGAGUCCUUGUUAUUCUAAUCAAGGAGCCCCAGCUCAUUCUAAUCAACUUCCAUUAGGAGAGGGCUACAGCUUCUGGAAGGGCUGGGUUUUCUGGUUGUCAACCCUUGGGCCUGGGCAUAUUCUCAAAAGGUGCCAUAAGUAGCAUGGUCCUAACCUGGGGGGGCCAGUCGGCUUUUCUUUUUUGUCAUCCAGGAGGACCAAUGAGUUAGGGUGCUUCCUUGGGGCAGUUUGGCUGUUCAGGGUGGCCAGAGGCUAAGUGGAAACCUAGGCACCUCAGGAAUCCUGUUGAUGUGUGGAGUAAAUGCUGGGGAGAAAUGGGGAGCUCUAGGGAGGGGUGUUGCUUUUACUUUUCUCAGUAACCCAAUGGGGAACUAUUAUUAUUUCAACUUUACAGAAGAAGAAAGGGGAGAACAGAAAACUUCAGAAACUUGCCCAGUGGUGGAGUCCAGAAUUAAACCACGCAGGGUCUGGCUUCCAAGCUCAGUACCUGAACUUAGUUUCAUUUUCUUUUGACAUAAUGGAGCUUUUAUUCAAGCCUCACCCCUCAUUAAUUUUUAAAAAAUUUUUAUUGGAGUAUAGUUGAUUUAAAACUCAUUAAUUCAAGCAAAUUCAUUCACUCAUUUAACAGCUGUUUCAUCUCCCCCUUUCCCGAACCCCUCCAACUGUAGUUCCAUGGGGACAGAGACAACCACAUCAAUUUCAUUGUGUUCAGGAAUGUUUGCUCUUAGGAAAGUUUGAUGAAUGAAUAAAGAGCAAAGAGAAUAAGUGCUUCAGAGUUUUUUUGCGUUUAUCAUAUAAAUUAAAAGAACGAGACAUAACAGAUUUAUAAUUACCUUUUCUGGGCCAGGCACCUAAGAUAUUUUAUCCCUAUUUAUUCCUGAAGCAUGAGAUAGGGAUGGAGUGUAAGUUUCACUUGUUUCCUCUCUUUUUUUUUUUUUUGAUGAGGAAACAGGUUAAGACACACUGAUCGCUUGUGGUGGAGCUGGGAUUUAGACUCAGCAUUGUUUGCCUGAAUCCCAACCCUACACUUUUCCCAUAUAACCACCCUGCCUGCUGGAGCAUCGAUCAUGACAUCAUAGGGAUCAAGGGGAAGGUAGAAUUUUUUUUCUAAGUGACAAACUGGCAAGUGAAAGUUUGAUUGUAGGUGUGUUAUUCUUUGGCCAGACAACAAGCGCAUGCACGAGAGGAGAGAGCAAGUAUGUGAGUAAUAGCAAAGUGCAGAGGCUGGGAGAAAGUUCUCCAUGUCCAGAGGACUGUUCUUUGGCUUAGGUCCUGGCUUAGGAAAUCCCGAAGGCUCCACAUUAAAACACAGGCAUUCCCGCCUGUAAAACUAGAUGAUUACUUACCAGCUCCUUCCAUCACAGGCUUGCCUGAGAUGAAAUUGCAGGGUUUUUUCUUUUUUUUAUAACUAAGAAGGUGUUGCGUAAGCACCAGAAACAGAACAAUGUUGGAUUUGGGGGGGGAGAAAGUUUGCUGUAGAAUAUGUAUUUCUUAAAGCCUGUGGUGUGUGUCCUGGUUUAUCUUCCUAGAAGAGUCUCUUCUGGGCUCUAAUCGUUUAUCAGAGGGCAUGUGGUUUGGUUUUAGGUAAAAGCCAACCUCUGUUUCCAACAUGUAACUGAUACACUCUCCUAGUUUUCCCAGCCCUUAAUUUGUUAACACUUAUGUUUUCUUUUCUCUCGUUCGGUUGCCAUUUUCCUUUAUAUCUCCCCUGUUGUCCCUCUCAGUGUCACGAGUUUUUGUAUUAACCAUGCCCCUUGCCUUUGCCUUGACUUCUGCUCCGCCUGCCAGGGUUUUUAUGGAUGAUAGUUAAGCAAUCCUGGUGGCUACCUUGGAGAAAACCAGGGUCUUGUUAUGCCUGUAGGUGGCAUGUGCAGACUGCAGUCUGGGGUGGGGGGUCGGGGGGUCGGGGGGCAAGGCUUAAUUUCUUGGAAGAUUUCAGGGGAUUGCAAGAAACAGUAUUGAAACAAUGAAGUACUGAGGUCUUAAAAACAUCUUGGUAUUCAACAAGGAGUGAGGUACAGACUUAUUAAGCAAACAUCUGUUUAUCUGCAUAUACUGACACCACCAGUUCUCCACUAUGCUCUCAAGCAAUUGCAAACCAUAAUUUUAAAACAGCUUUUUUCUUUUUUCUUUAGCUUCUGAUGUUUUCUUUUCCACAGGCAGGCCAGUCAGUUUGUGUUUGAGUUAAUCACCUGUCCAUUGGAAUCUAAAAGCACAUCUUGACUGUGUGUCGGUUAUGUCAAUGCAGAGCCAACUGAGUAAUUGAAAGUAGUAUAAAUUAAAAGUAGUAGUAAUUAAAAGAGAAGUAGUAAUUUAAAAACAAAAGUAAUUAGAAGAGAAGCCACCGCAAUGAGAAGCCAGCACACUGCAACAAAGAGUAGCCCCCGCUUGCUGCAACUAGAGAAAGCCCACAUGCAUCAACGAAGACCCAACGCAGCCCAAAAUAAAUUAAUUAAUUAAUUUAAAAAAUAACAAUAAUAAAAAUAAAAGUAGUAGUAAUUGGGCUUCCCUGGUGGUGCAGUGGUUGAGAGUCCACCUGCCAAUGCAGGGGACACGGGUUCAUGCCACGGUCUGGGAACGUCCCACGUGCCGCAGAGCGGCUAGGCCCGUCAGCCAUGGCCGCUGAGCCUGCGCGUCCGGAGCCUGUGCUCCACAACGGGAGAGGCCUGCAUAACGCAAAUAAAUAAAUAAAUAAAAUUAAAAAGAAGAUAUAAUAAAUGUAAAUAUUUAUGCACCCAACCUAGGAGCACCUCAAUACAUAAGGCAAAUGCUAACAGCCAUAAAAGGGGAAAUCGACAGUAACACAAUCAUAGUACGGGACUUUAACACCCCACUUUCACCAAUGGACAGAUCAUCCAAAGUGAAAAUAAAUAAGGAAACACAAGCUUUCAAUGAUACAUUAAACAAGAUGGACUUAAUUGAUAUUUAUAGGAUGUUCCAUCCACAAACAACAGAAUACACAUUCUUCUCAAGUGCUCAUGGAACAUUCUCCAGGAUAGAUCAUAUCUUGGAUCACAAAUCAAGCCUUGGUAAAUUUAAGAAAAUUGAAAUCUUAUCAAGUAUCUUUUCCGACCACAACACUAUGAGACUAGAUAUCCAUUUCAAGAAAAAAAACUGUAAAAAAUACAAACACAUGGAAGCUAAACAAUACACUACUAAAUAACCAGAGAUCACUGCAUAAAUCAAAAAAUAUCUAGGAACAAAUUACAAUGAAAACAUGAUGAUCCAAAACCUAUGGGAUACAGCAAAAGCAGUUCUAAGAGGGAAGUUUAUAGCAAUACAAUCCUACCUGAAGUAACAAGAAACAUCUCAAAUAAACAACUAACCUUACACCUAAAGCAAUUAGAGAAAAAAGAAUUAAAAAAAUGCAAAGUUAGUAGAAGGAAAGAGAUUAUAAAGAACAGAUCAGAAAUAAAUGAAAAAAAAAGGAAGGAAAUGAUAGCAAAGAUCAAUAAAACUAAAAUCUGGUUAUUUGAGAAGAUAAACAAAAUCGAUAAACCAUUAGCCAGACUCAUCAAGAAAAAAGGGAGAAGACUCAAAUCAAUAGAAUUAGAAAUGGAAAAGGAGAAGUAACAAGUGACACUGCAGAAAUACAAAGGAUCAUGAGAGAUUACUACAAGCAACUAUAUGCCAAUAAAAUGGACAACGUAGAAGAAAUGGACAAAUUCUUAGAAAAGCACAACCUUCUGAGACUGACCAGGAAGAAAUAGAAAAUACAAACAGACCAAUCACAAGCACUGAAAUUGAAAAUGUGAUUAAAACUUUUCCAGCAGGGCUUCCCUGGUGGCGCAGUGGUUGAGAGUCCGCCUGCCGAUGCAGGGGACACGGGUUCGUGCCCCGGUCCGGGAAGAUCCCACAUGCCACGGAGCGGCUAGGCCUGUGAGCCAUGGCCGCUGAGCCUACGCGUCCGGAGCCUGUGCUCCGCAACGGGAGAGGCCACAACAGUGAGAGGCCCGCGUACCGCAAAAAAAAAAAAAAAAAAAUUUUCCAGCAAACAAAAGCCCAGGACCAGAUGGCUUCACAGGCAAAUUCUAUCAAACAUUUAGAGAAGGGCUAAAAGCUAUCCUUCUCAAACUCUACCAAAAUACAGCAGAGGGAGGAACACUCCAAACCCAUUCUACAAGGCCACCAUCACCAUGAUACCAAAACCAGACAAAGAUGUCACACACAAAAAAAAACUACAGGCUAAUAUCACUGAUGAACAUAGAUGCAAAAAUCCUCAAUGAAAUACUUGCAAACAGAAUCCAACAGCACAUUAAAAGGAUCAUACACCAUGAUCAAGUAGAGUUUAUCCCAGGAAUGCAAGGAUUCUUCAAUAUAUGCAAAUCAAUCAAUGUGAUAAACCAUAUUAACAAACUGAAGGAGAAAAACCAUAUGAUCAUCUCAAUAGAUGCAGAAAAAGCUUUCGACAAAAUUCAAUACCAAUUUGUGAUAAAAACUGUCAAGAAAUAGGCAUAGAGGUAACUUAUCUCAACGUAAUAAAGGCCAUAUAUGACAAACCCACAGCCAACAUCAUCCUCAAUGGUGAAAAACUGAAACCAUUUCCACUAAGAUCAGGAACAAGAUAAGGUUGCCCACUCUCACCACUCUUAUUCAACAUAGUUUUGCAAGUUUUAGCCACAGCAAUUGAGAGAAAAAGAAAUAAAAGGAAUUCAUAUUGGAAAAGAAGAAGUAAAACUGUCACUGUUUGCAGAUGACAUGAUACUAUACAUAGAGAAUCCUAAAGAUCCUACCAGAAAACUACUAGAGCUAAUCAAUGAAUUUGGUAAAGUAGCAGGAUACAAAAUUAAUGCACAGAAAUCUCUGGCUUUCCUAUACACUAAUGAUGAAAAAUCUGAAAGUGAAUUAAGGAAACAAUCCCAUUCACCAUUGCAACAAAAAGAAUAAAAUAGCUAGGAAUAAACCUACCUAAGUAGACAAAAGACCUAUAUGCGAAAAACUAGAAGACACUGAUGAAAGAAAUUAAAGAUGAUGCAAACAGAUGGAGAGAUAUACCAUGUUUUUGGAUUGGAAGGAUCAACAUUCUAGUGAAAAUGACUAUACUACCCUAGUGCAAUCCCUAUCAAACUAUCAAUGUCAUUUUUCACACAACUAGAACAAAAAAUUUCACAAUUUGUAUGAAAACACAAAAGACCCCGAAUAGCCAAAACAAUCUUGAGAAAGAAAAAUGGAGCUGGAGAGAUCAGGCUCCCUGACUUCAGACUAUACUACAAAGCUACAGUAAUCAAGACAGUAUGGUACUGGCACAAAAACAGAAAUAUAGAUCAAUGGAAUAGGAUAGAAAGCCCAGAGAUAAACCCACCUUAUAUGGUCACCUUAUCUUUGAUAAAGGAGACAAGAAUAUACAAUGGAGAAAAGACAGCCUCUUCAGUAAGUGGUGCUGGGAAAACUGCACAGCUACAUGUAAAAGAAUGAAAUUCGAACACUCCCUAACACCACACACAAAAAUAAACUCAAAAUGGAUUAAAGACCUAAAUGUAAGGCCAGACACUAGCAAACUCUUACAGGAAAACAUAGGCCCAGCAUUCUAUGACAUAAAUCACAGCAAGAUUCUUUUUGACCCACCUCCUAGAGAAAUGGAAUAAAAACAAAAGUAAACAAAUGGGACCUAAUGAAACUUCAAAGCUUUUGCACAGCAAAGGAAACCAUAAACAAGACAAAAAGACAACCCUCAGUUUGGGAGAAAAUAUUUGCAAAUGAAGCAACUGAUAAAGGAUUAACCUCCAAAAUUUACAAGCAGCUCAUGCAGCUCAAUAUCAAAAAAAAAAAAAACCCAAUCCAAAAAUGGUCAGAAGACCUAAAUAGACAUUUCUCUAAAGAAGAUACACAGAUUGCCAACAAACAAUGAAAUGAUGCUCAACAUCACUAAUCAUUAGAGAAAUGCAAAUCAAAACUACAGUGAGGUGGGCUUCCCUGGUGGCGCAGUGGUUGAGAGCCUGCCUGCCAGUGCAGGGGACACGGGUUCGUGCCCCGGUCUGGGAAGAUCCCACAUGCCGUGGAGCGGCUGGGCCCAUGAGCCAUGGCCUCGGAGCCUGCGUGUCCGGAGCCUGUGCUCCGCAACGGGAGAGGCCACAACAGUGAGAGGCCCGUGUACCGAGAAAAAAAAAAAAAAAACUAUAGUGAGGUAUCACCUCACACCAGUCAGGGCGACCAUCAUCAGAAAAUCUACAAACAGUAAAUGCUGGAGAGGGUGUGGAGAAAAGGGAACCCUCUUGCAGUGUUGGUGGGAAUGUAAAUUGAUACAGCCACUGUGGAGAACAAUAUGGAGAUUCCUUAAAAAACUAAAAAUAGAAGUACCAUACGACCCAGCAAUCCCACUACUGGGCAUGUACCCUGAGAAAACUGUAAUUCAAAAAGAGUCAUGUACUACAAUGUUCAUUGCAGCUCUGUUUACAGUAGCCAGGACAUGGAAACAACCUAAGUGUCCAUUGACAGAUGAAUGGAUAAAGAAGAUGUGGCACAUAUAUGCAAUGGAAUAUUACUCAGCCAUUGAAAGAAACGAAGUUGAGUUAUUUGUAGUGAGGUGGAUGGACCUAGAGACUGUCAAACAGAUUGAAGUGAGUCAGAAAGAGGAAAAUGAAUACUGUAUGCUAACACAUAUAUGGAUCUAAAAAAAAAAUUGUUCUGAAGAACCUAGGAGCAGGACAGGAAAAAAGAUGCAGAUGUAGAGAAUGGACUUGAGGACACGGGCAGGAGGAAGGAUAAGCCUGGACGAAGUGAGAGAGUGGCAUGGACAGAUAUACACUACCAAAUGUAAAAUAGAUAGCUAGUGGGAAGCAGCCGCAUAGCACACCCCAAGGAUGUCAGAGCAGAAUUCAAAGCUGACAGCUCCAGAGGUGAAGACCUCAUCCAGAGACUGCCUGGGAGUCAAAGUAUGCUCCCCUCUAGCAGCUCCAAUGGAAGGAGAAAGGAAUCAGACAAUGUGGGGUUCAGUUUGGGGUCCCCCCAAACAGACAUUAAGCAUAAAAAUGGAUGGAAACAUGCCAUCACGGAGAGCGCAGGGAAGACUAUUACGGGGAGAAUGCCAAGAGGCUGUCUGAACAGAAGUGUGCCGAGUCCUGCUAACCUAACACGUCCCAAAAGUUAAGUGGCCCCUCAGAUGGCCAGCCUCUCGCUGAAUGUGUCAGAGGGCCCCUGGGAGAACCAUGAGUUUCAUGUACAUCCAUGGACCCACUGCAGAGGCACACGGUGUGCUCAGCAGGGCUUGGUUUGACCAAUUGUCACCACCUGGGGUAGACAGGAGAUCAGUACAGACACCCCGAGUGGUCACCAGGCAAACAACUCAUGAGCAAUAGGAAAAGAUACCACCUUCAAGUCACCCCAUUUCCAAAGAGAUCUCCAAAGCCGAUUUGAAGGGAUCCUUCCCCCUCCAGUAUGUUGGUGACAGCCUCUCCUGGAGGGGUAAGCCACCAUGUAAACCAGAGCAAGGGGCCAGUGUACUGGAGACAUAUUUCUAAUAAUUUUCUGCGUAUGCCGAAUAAGAUCAGGGGUCUUUCUUCAGAAGAGAGCAACUCCUCUUGGCCUUUCCGGGGGCCUAGACUGUCCGAAUCAGAAUUGGUAAUCACAUCUCCAGAAGGGAGAGGCAAGUCUAAAGGUGCCAGCCUGGACAGGGAGGCCAGGGAGUGGAGAGAUGGGAGUGAGAGCCAUGCAGCUGUGGAAGGCAAAGGGGGCACCCAUCCCCCAGGACAAGGCUGUGCAGCAGAGGCAGCUCUGGAAGAGACUAGCUUUUGGAAACCUCAAGGCAACUAUGGGAGGUUAUGUUCUGCUACCCACAAAAUGACCUCCAGAAUGACCAGCUGUGGGGGACACUGGGAAAUGUCCAGUACUGCAUGUUCAUCUCAUAAACUUAGAGAUGCGAAGCCAAGAUCUCAAAGCAUUUCAAGACCAUUUCAAGCAUUUCCUCCGCUGAAGCAGAGGAGAGAAGCUCCACCAGGAUUUAUCCCGGUGCUUAUGCAUUUAGAGCACAAAAGAGAUACUGAUUUCUCACAGUGGCUACUACUGCCUGAGGAAAUAUGGAUUUGUAUAUUUUCCCUUCUCUCACACAAUGAGCUUGCUCGGGUUGCACCAGCGUGUCGCCACUUCCACCGGCUUGCAAGUGACGAAAGCCUUGAGAAGCAGGUCCAGAUCACAGACUGCUGUGUCCUAGAGGAUGACUGGCUGGGGGCUCUGGCUUGCCGCCAGCCCCGCUCUCUCACUCUGCACAGCUGCCUUCACGCCAGCCGGGGCUGUGAUGGACCAGGGCCUGAAACGAUUUUUCCAGCACUGCGGGGCUGUUCUUCAGUCUCCACAAAAUAGAAGUAUUUGGCUGCCUUGCUCUUACCGCCGGGAGUAUCGGCUCCCUGGUCCUGCAAUGUCCACACCUUCGGGCCCUGAAUAUUGGGAGAGUCCCCAAGGUUUCUGAGGCCUGCCUGGUCAGGAGCCUAGAGAACUUAUGAGAAGUUAACUGCGCUUAAUGUUUCUGGCCUCAAAAUGGUUCAUCUUGGGCUCUGAAGUGUUCUUGCCUUAAACUGAAUGAAUUAAUGAGAAGAACAAUACUACAUUUCUUCUUUUUAAUCAAAAUGUCAUGUCUUUUAAAGGAAUUCUUCUUUAGAAGUUGACAGUCUGCUCUUAGCUUGCUUGACGAUGUAUUUAGAUUUUAUUAAUAAAGAACCUGGGUGCUUGCAUCAGAUGACUAACUCUUACCAGUUUACUUCUCAACUGAAAAUGCUUUGGAAAAGGUGAGGGAUGAGAUCGUCCAUCUUAUUGUCACAGUGUCCUAAACUGGACAGUCUGGUCCUCAGCUCCUGCUCUCAGGUAGCCGACCUGAGCUUGGUGGAACCCUCUACGAACCCUCAGGUACUUCCAUCUACGAACCCUCAGGUAUCUUGAUGUGAGUGGAUGCCAAAAGAUAACUAAGGCAGGAAUCCAUGCAUUGGCAAGCAGCUGCCACCAGCUCAAGUAUCUGGAUCUAAGCUCUACAGGGAUAAGCAAAAGAAG